CUUACCGUGGCUUUUAUUUUGAAACGUCGAACGCACCGCCGGAUAUUGUACCUUUUGGUGACAGCUCACUCUCUGAGAAACCGGAAGCUCUCGUCCGUUUUGGUGACGCUGCAUUAGACUCUCAAGACAUGGACCGGUCUAGGCUGUUCGGGUUGGUUUUCCUCAGCCUUGCUCUCGCUGGAGCUCAGGCGCUCACACCGGCGCACCACCUCUCCCUGUCCGAUGUGGCCCGGCUGCAGAACCUCCUGAGCCAACAAUUCACCGAUCUGGACUCUGCAUACUACUCUGUUGUUGGUCUGACCAAGCUUGGAGCAACUGUUCCUGAUCACGAGGAAGUAUGCCAGUUUAUCAAAUCCCAGCUGGAUCCCACUAGCGUUGACUCUCUCUUCUUUGCUGCGGAGACCAGUCAAGCCAUUUCAGGAUGUGAGAUCCCUGUGUCCAAUGAAACCCGCGACAUCCUCCUGGCAGCAGUUAGUGAGGAUUCGACCAUGACUCAGAUCCACAGAGCCGUGAGCGCACUCAGCUCUCUGGGGCUUCCUCUGGCUUCCCAGGAAGUUGUAGGUGCCUUGACAGGUCGCAUCAACAAAGAGGACAACGUUAUGGCUAUCACUUCAGCUCUGCAGACCGCCGCCCGCCUUUCCCAGCAGGCAGAACUUGGAGGAAUACUGGAGGAAAUUGAGGAUUUGACCGCUCGUUUGGAUGACCUUGGUGGCAUCUACCUCCAGUUUGAAGAGGGACUUGAGGCGACUGCCAUGUUUGUGACCGCUGCUUAUUCCCUGUCAGAUCAUGUGGACAUGGAGCCCCCUCUGAAGGAGGACCAGGUCAUCCAGCUGGUGAACUCCAUCUUCAGCAAGAAAUCCUGGGACUCUCUGGCUGAGGCCUUCAGCGUGGCAAGUGCCGCCGCUGCUCUCUCCAACAACCGCUUCCAUGUGCCUGUCAUUGUCAGUGCUCAGGGCCCAGCCACAGUGUCCCACAGCCAGCCAACCCUGCAGCUCCUAGUUACUGAUGUCAUGUCUCAACCUCUGGCCAUGGCCAACGUGCUGGUGGAAUCUGCGUACGCUGUGGCCUCCAAAAGCGUCAUUCUCAGCCAAGCUCCAUUCACACUUAAUGAUGGCAUCUUUGAACUGAACUUCAUGUCCACCCAGCCAGCCAGUGGAUAUUACCAGUUUACCGUUGCAGUGACCGGGGAUACCCGGCUUGUUGCCAACCAUGUUGAGCUUAAAGUGAAGGUGUCCACUGAGGUGUCUGUCACUAGCAUGGACCUCUCUGUGGUGGAUAAGGACCAGAGCAUUGGCACAAAGACCACCAGGGUGGACUAUCCUUCCAAAGCUAAAAUCUCCUUCACAGCAGACAGCCACCAAAACUUUGCUAUGGCCUUCCAGCUGGUUGAUGUCAACACUGGAGUGGAGCUUACCCCUCACCAGACUUUUGUCCGGCUGCACAAUCAGAAAACUAGCCAAGAGGUUGUGUUUGUGGCUGAACCCGACAGCAAGAAUCUGUACAAGUUUGAGUUGGACACAGCAGAGCGGAAAUCAGAGUUUGACUCCAUGUCUGGUACCUAUUCCCUCCACCUCAUCGUUGGAGAUGCUACUUUGGAGAAUCCCAUCUUGUGGAAUGUGGCCGAUGUUAUCCUGAAGUUUGUGGAUGAGGAGGCCCCAGUGGUCAUUCAGCCCAAGAAUCUUUAUGUGCCUAAACCAGAGAUCCAGCACUUAUUCAGGGAACCAGAGAAGAAGCCUCCCACAGUGGUUUCCAAUACCUUCACUGCACUCAUCUUGUCCCCCUUCCUACUUCUGCUCAUCCUGUGGUUUAAGCUCGGAGCCAACAUCUCCAACUUCAGCUUCACUCCCAGCACCAUUCUGUUCCAUGUAGGACACGCAGCCAUGCUGGGCCUGAUGUACGUCUACUGGACUCAUCUGAACAUGUUCCAGACUCUGAAGUACCUGGCGAUUAUCGGCGGUGUAACCUUCCUCGCCGGGAACCGCAUGCUGGCCCAGAAAGCAGUGAAGAGGAUUGCCGCAGAGCAAAGUAGUAGGUUGGCAAAGUAUAGGAGCCUACGAUAAAGCCCUGCCAUUUGUAACAAAUGAGUCGGUCGUGCUUCCAGGCUGAAAAUUGAGAAAAAAUAAGAGCAAGAAAAUUAAAAAGAAGACACUGACGAAGCUCAUUUUUUGUGUCCAAGGAGUCAUUCAACGAUGCAUCAAAUCAGACUUUAAACAUGGCGUGGCAGUUCAAGAAUCCAAUCAACAGUUUAAACAUGCAGUUUGUCUGUGUUGCCAAAUGGAAGAAAUUGAGAAAUCACAGCAUCUCCGAGGACAAACGCUCACUGACAGAUACUCUUACUGAGGACUGUAAAGCUACUGAUCAUUGCACUUCAUCUUCCUGUGAGAUUUGUUUUCUUGUUGUCCAACAUGCGAGUCUUUUAUAAGUGAGCUGGGGGGUUUUAUUUGUGGUUUCUUGAUGGAUUUUGGGUUGAUUUGUGUUUUUUUUUUUUUUUUUGUACAUUCCUCUUUUUUUUGUUCAAUGCCCAUUUCACCUUGUAACAGAAGCUGUAAGUCAAUUUGUUUCAGCUGAUUGUAAAACCCAUUGGCAGUCGCACUGAUACGUUGAACGUUACUAUCUAUGCCAGUGUGUUUGCAUGUUUGGUGCUUCCGAUGGGUAGGAGGAGCGUUGGUCCACUAUUUGAUACACAGUUGGCGUCCCCCUAGAAAAAAUGUUGAUAAUGAAAUAUGGGCAAUUUGAGGAAGUGAUGUUUUUGUAAUGAAGAAGAGGAAAUAAAGAAUUUGAGGUGA